UACGCAGAGAAGGAGGCAUCUCCUCUACUAUUUUACUUGAUCUGAAGCUGCAUUAAUUAUAUUCAGCUGGAACAGGUCAACUGCAGAGUUUUUGAUAUCGCUCGGUUCUCGCCGUUUUUGUGUCCGUUUUGACCAGGGUGUCAACAUUCUGCUCGCGCAGCCAGACGCGCGACGUCACGUCUCCCGAAUUUCUUUAAGACACAGGAUCCAACCCCACCACCACACCUCAUCAGCUUGCGGACAUAAAUUCAAUCGACAAUCAAAACGAAGUCUCCUUCCUCUACUCAGACCCCAAUCGGAACUACCAGUCACCUUCGCACAACCACCGAAAUGGUAAAGUCAAGCAAACGCGGUCGCGAUGAGGCCGACACAUAUGAAGCGGAUGACUUCGUAGAGGAUGACGACGGAAGCGCUCCAAAGAGCAAGAAGAGCAGAAAGGCCGCCCCAUCUAGCAGCAGCAAGUCUAAGAACAAGUUCUUCGACCUCUCGUCUGGUCGAACCCCUAGACGAGUUGAGGUUAGUGAUUUUAAGGGCUCGAAACUCGUCAACAUCCGCGAGUACUACGAAAAGGAUGAAGAGUGGCUCCCUGGUAAAAAGGGAAUAUCUCUUUCUAUCGAUCAGUACAAGGCUCUCCUCAAGGCCAUCCCAGCCAUCAACGCUCAAUUGAAGGACAUGGGCAUCGUUCUUGGCGAAUCUGCAGAUGCAAUGGAUGAGGACGAGCCUGAGGAGGAGACAAAGCCACAGAAGCGUAUCAAGGGCAAAAAGACAGAGAAGGCCAACAUUGAAGCAACUUCUGACGAGGAUGGAGAUGAGGAUUGAGCAUUGAGCAUUGACUGGAUAUCGAUGGCGUUCUAGGAGUAGAAAGGUUACUGGAUUUGACUGGGGAUAUGGAAUGGGAAGGGAUCUGCUGUUGCAGCAAUUAAGGCAAGAAUACAUAUUCGGGACAUGGACGGAAUCAGAGACUAUUCGACGAAUUCCAUUCCUACAGCCGUGACAAGACCCAUUGAGGUAAUCCAGAUAUAUUCAAG